AUGGCCGGAAGCGUUGUCGCCCGCAAACGGAACAUUGAAUGUAGGACCAAGGUGAAAACUGGUUGUACAACCUGCAGAAUUAGGAAGGUCAAAUGCGACGAGAAUAAGCCGUUUUGUCAAAAAUGUGUCAACACUGGCCGUACUUGCGACGGCUACGAGUCCCCCUUUAGAGUUUUUACUAGUCAACCCAUCAACAGCGCUCAUGCUGGCGGCAUCAAGUCGGACGUUGGUUUACAACCCAUCCGGCCCACCUUCAUUAAGAUCGCCCCUCAGGACAUCGACCUUCUCAAUCGCUACUUCUCAACCAAAACCUUGUUCGACGUGAAGCUGGGCUGUGACGAAGAAGCCAGGCAAGUCCUCCAAGCCAGCUUGACUGAUCCGCCUAUACGACACGCAGUCUUGUCUCUCAGAGCUCUUCGGGAAGAUCUCGAGACGUCCGGAGACGGUCCAGCGUCUAUCGCGCAGCAGACCCCGAGCUAUCACUAUGGCCUCCAGCAAUACAGUAUAGCUUUGGGGGGUCUUGCGUCUAACUUGUCAUCUCCGGGCUCCAACGGGUUGAAGUCGGCAUUACUUUGUUGUCAGAUCUUCAUCAGCAUUGAGCAAGUGCAGAAGAAUUACGCUACUAUGGCCCAGCAUAUCAUUCGAGGACUCAGGAUCAUGCACGAGUACCGGGCAAGGCCAGGUUUUGUCGCCGCGAACAAAUUGGUGCCAGCACACCAUGACCAACUACCCCUCCUGGAUGUUUUCAUCAUUAAGCUAUUUGCUGCACCAUGUAAAUUUGCGGAUCCUCCAGCAACAGCCGACGUAAGCGGGACGACGUCGUCUAUGUGUUUGAUUUCGCCUCAUCAACAGCCUGUUGAAUCUCGCAAUCUUCGCACGAUUGCACCCGACAUGCAGACAGAGCUUACAAGGAUCGCUGCGUCGACGCUUGAAUUCCUCGGCAAAGUGUCGCAAGUCGAAUCGGUAGGAGUCGCUCUUCGACUACUAUCCGAGAAAGCAGCUCUGCUGGACUCCUUAGAAUCGUGGCUCCUUGAUCUUGAACUCGUUCAGACGGAGAUCGGAUCUCCUGGCCCUGAGCCUAUUUCAGUGUCUUUCUUACGCUUCUUCCAUCUAAUACUGAAAAUCAUUCUCUUGGGGGCACUAGACUCCUCACCAGGUCUUUAUGCCGAGCUGCGGACUGAGAACGACCGAUUGCAGGGCGUAGCCAACAACGUGGGUGAAAGAGUCAGGGCUUAUAGAACAUGCAGUGGGACUAGUAGUGGUCGAGGGGAGCGCUCCAUAGUGCGCUGA